AUGCCUUUAGCGGCGCCGGAUUCCUACGAGCUGGAUCACUCGGACGACCAUUUGAUGCACAGGAACUCCUUUGACGAUAACGAGUCCAAUGCUUCUGGUAUCGACGAACUCGACCCUUUGCGAAACGACCGACCAUAUACCGACGAUACUUCACAACCGUUACGUUCUGUCUACGACUCGGAGAAGAAUGGCUCAUUCACAAAGCAGCCAUUGAGAUGGCUUGAGGAGCAGAGACAACAGAGCAGGUUACGGAGAUGGCUUAUACCUAGUCGGUUCUGUUGUUGUCUGCUCUUGCUAUUCGUUGUCACGCUCAUCCUGCUGCUAAGCGCUGGAGGGCUCUGGGUGUACAAGGUCGCUGUGCCGGAUGAUGGAGAGUCGGAACCAUGGUAUCCUUCGCCGAGAGGUGGCACAGUGGAUGCUUGGAAGGAUGCAUAUGAGAAGGCGGCGAACCUUGUUGGGCAGAUGACGUUGGUGGAGAAGGUCAACAUCACGACGGGCAUCGGAUGGUCAAUGGGCAUGUGUGUUGGGAACACUGGACCUGUGGAUCGGCUUGGUUUCCCAAGUCUAUGCUUGCAGGACGGACCUUUGGGUUUGCGAUUCGCGGAUAAUGCGACAGCUUGGCCUGCAGGAAUAACAGUUGGCGCGACCUGGAACAAGAAGCUCAUGUAUGAGCGUGGCAAGGGGCAUGGCUUUGAGGCGAAGAAGAAGGGUAUCCACGUCAUUCUUGGUCCCUCCAUGGGACCACUUGGUCGAUUACCAGCUGGAGGCCGAAACUGGGAGGGCUUCGGCACCGAUCCAGUCCUACAGGGCAUUGCGGCAGCUGAGACUAUCAAGGGUAUUCAAGAUGCUGGUGUCAUUGCGACUGCGAAGCAUUACGUGGCCAACGAACAGGAGCACUUCCGACAAGCUUGGGAAUGGGGCAUUCCGAACGCGAUUUCUUCGAAUAUUGAUGACCGAGCUUUGCAUGAGAUUUACGUAUGGCCAUUCGCGGACAGUGUAAGGGCGGGGGUUGGCAGUGUUAUGUGCAGCUACAACCAACUCAAUAACAGCUACGCCUGCCAGAACAGCAAGCUGAUGAGCGGCAUUUUGAAGGACGAGCUUGGCUUCCAGGGUUUCGUGCAGAGUGACUGGCUUGCGCAGCGGUCAGGGGUCGCAUCCGCGUUGGCAGGUCUGGAUAUGACAAUGCCUGGCGAUGGGCUGAAGUGGGCGGAUGGCGAUAGCUUGUGGGGCGCGGAACUGACAAAGGCCGUCCUCAAUACGAGCGUGCCAAUGGAGAGGAUGAACGACAUGGCUACUCGGGUGGUCGCAGCCUGGUAUCAGCUUGGCCAGGACGAUAAGAAGGUGUGGCCGCCAGAAUCAGAGGGAGGCGGACCGAACUUCAGCAGCUGGACUGAUGAAGAGGUUGGAGAAUUGCAUCCUGGAAGCCCAGACAGCGACGAGACAGGCGUGGUGAACAAGUUCGUGCCAGUUCGCAACACUGAGGAAGGCGGCGACCACGACGCUCUUGCGAGACAGAUAGCGGCUGAGGGCAUCGUCUUGGUGAAGAAUACUGAUGAUAUCCUCCCGCUUAGCAGGGACGGUAAGGGCGGCAUGAAGAGGGAUGGAGAUGACAAAGUCAAUAUUGGUAUCUUCGGAGAGGACGCUUUCCCGAACCCGAACGGCAUCAACUCGUGCAAAGACCGUGCUUGCAACGAGGGAACGCUAACGAUGGGCUGGGGUUCUGGCGCUGUCGAGCUGCCAUAUCUCGUAUCGCCCGCGGAAGCUUUGCACGACGGCUUCAACAAAAGCAUGAUCGAAGUGACCGACUUCCCGAGCAACGACUAUGCUGAGGCUGCGAAGACCGCAUCGAAGCAGGAUACGUGCAUCGUCUUCGUCAAUUCUGAUGCUGGUGAGGGCUUCGUGUCGUGGGACGGUAUCAGAGGCGACCGCAACGAUCUCUACCCGCAGAAGAACGGCGACAAGCUGGUGCAGAAGGUCGCUGAAUCGUGUGAGAACACAAUUGUCGUUGUCCAUACAGUCGGCCCGAUCAUUCUCGAGGAGUGGAUCGAAAUGCCUUCUGUCAAGGGUGUUCUGAUCGCGCAUCUGCCAGGACAAGAGUCCGGAAAUGCUCUGGCCGACGUGAUAUUUGGUGAUGUCAACCCAUCUGGUCGGCUUCCAUACACUAUUGCGAAGAAUGAGAAGGACUACGGACCUGACAGCGGCAUCCUGUACUACCCGAACGGCGUGGUGCCUCAGCAGAACUUCACCGAGGGGCUGUAUGUCGAUUACCGAUACUUUGACAAGUACAACAUCACACCCCGCUAUGAGUUCGGCUACGGACUGUCGUACGUCGGCUUCAAGCUGAACAGCCUGGUCGUCAACACCAAAGGCGUGGGCGGUCCGCUACCACGAGAGCGACCGGCAGGUAUCGAACCACCGCAGAUGGACAACACACUACCUUCACCCGAAUCCGCAAUCUGGCCCAGCGGCAUGCGCAAGCUGAGCAAAUACAUCUACCCUUACAUCUCCAGCACCUCCGACUUCACAAAGGGCGACUAUCCCUACCCAGCAGGCUACGAUACGCCCCACGAGCCUUCCCAAGCCGGCGGCGGCGAAGGCGGAAACCCCGACCUCUACCAAACAGCCGCACUCAUCCAGGCACAGCUCACCAACGGCGGCGGCAAGCCCGCCGACUGCGUAGUGCAAGCCUACAUCUCCUACCCCGAAAACGUGACGGAUAUUGACGGCGAGCCCGUUGACAUGCCGGUCAAAGUGCUCAGAGCGUUUGAGAAGAUCCACGUCUACGACCCAAAGCGGGUGUCAGUCAAGUUGGAGCUUACACGACGGGAUCUGAGUUACUGGGACGUCAAGCAGCAGAAUUGGAUCAUUCCAAAGGGAGAGUUUAGGGUGCAUUUGGGCUUCUCGUCGAGGGAUUUGCCGUUGACGGAUACGUUUUCGCCGUUGGAGUCAUUGAAUUUCGGGGGUGGGAGCUUAUGA